GGAGUUUCUUGUACCAUUUCUUAAGUGAGACAGAUAAACAGAUUAUUUCUCCAAAACAGAGUUUAAUUAUAAGUUUUCAAAUACCAUUCUCUUCAUGGUAUCAAGAGCCAUUUGUCUAACGAUAAACCUCUGACUGUAGUUUUAUUUAUUUUUUCCUCUUCUGCCUUACCAUCUUCUCGACUUUUCUUCAGCUUCCAUGGCCGCUUCUUCUCUUCUUACUAGCUCACUUCCUAAUAUUUCCUAUUUGGUUUCCAUCAAACUUGAUUGAACCAAUUACAUGUUGUGGCUUGCCCAAUUUAAUCCCUUACUUAAAAGUAAUGAUCUUGUUGGCUAUGUUGAUGGUACAAAAACAUGUCCAACCACGUUUCUUGAGGAUGCUACUACUCUCAAUCCCGAGUACGUGACUUGGCAGCGACAAGACCAACAAUUGUUGAGUUGGAUUAACUCAACUUUGACACCAAAUGUGCUUUCCAUCGUCUCAACUUGUGACACGUCCUGAGCUAUUUGGGAUACUUUGAAAACACGAUUUGCUUCUCAAUCUUGCACCUGUGUUCUUCAACUUAAGUACUAGAUGCAGUCCACUAAAAGUGGUAACAUGUCCAUUACAGAGUAUGUUGAUAAAUUAACUAACUUUGCUGAUCAAUUGGCUCUUGCGGGAAAGCCUAUUGAUGAUGAUGAUCUUAUGGAGAUGAUUUUAAAUGUUGUUUGUCCUGCUUUCGAAAGUACCGUUACUUCAGUUAAAGCAAGAGAAAAACUUAUGAGUCUUGACGAUAUGGUUGCUUUGCUCUUGAGCGCUGAUAGUCGUAUGAAAGACUACAGCACUACUUUCAGUCCUGAUCACACUACUACAGCUCUUUUUGCACCUUAUGACUCCUCUACAAAUCAUGGUCGUAGAACCACACUUCACCGUGGUAAUGGUCGUACAUCCUCAUUCCGUCGUGGUGGUUUUCAAAGUCGUGGCUCCUUUCAUGGUCGCGGUGCUGGUAAUCAUUUUGUUAGCCGUCGUGGUGGUUCAAAUAGUGGUUUGUUUCACGGUGGAUCCAGUCGCGGCUUAUUUCAGAGUCGAGGAAUUCUUCCUACACCUGUUGUUGCUUUUCCUCGCUUUUCCUAUCUUCCCAACCAUGUUGCGGUUGCUCCUUCAUCUUCUGGAUAUCGUAACAUUGGUUCUUCCUCUAAUGGUUGUUACUAUUGUGGCAAUGAAUGGUCCCCUACAUGGUAUACCGACAGUGGCGCAUCAUCACACAUCACCAAUGAUUUAGCUAAUUUGAGCAUCUCCACAUAAUACACUGGUCAAGAUCAAGUCGUUGUUGGUAAUGGUGCAGGUUUGUCUAUAAAGCAUAUUGGUUCCGGUUUCGUAUCUAAAUUUCCUUUAAAUUCUGUGUUGCAUUGUUCUUCUGCUUCCGCUAAUCUACUGAGCGUUCAUCGAUUUUGUUGUGAUAAUCAUUGUUAUUUCAUUUUCACUCCUACUGAUUUUUUUGUGAAGGCUCUAUCCACGGGGAAGACGUUUUUCCACGGCAAGAGUGAGAAUGGAUUGUAUCUGUUUCGUGUGGGUUCGUCGAAGUUUCCCUUCAAGAACAUGGCAUUCUUUGGACAACGAACCUCUUCAUUUAUGUGGCAUCAGCGUUUCGGCCAUCCAUCUCAUGCAAUUUUUACUAAAAUUAUGUCUUCUUUUCCUAUUAAGGAUUCUAAGUUACCUAGUUUUUGCUCUACUUGCCCAUUGGGCAAAAGCACUAAAUUACCUUUUGCUUUGUCUCCAUCUAUUUCCGUUUGUCCUCUUCAAUUGAUCCAUUGUGACGUUUGGACUUCACCAAUUGCCUCUGUUAAGGGUCCCAAGUAUUUUAUAAUAUUUCUUGAUGACUAUUCUCGUUA